CUACUCGCAGGGUUGGUUGGUUGGUUGGUUGCUGUGCAUUUUUGUUGCUGGCGCGUGAUUGUUUGAUGUGAGGAGAGUGGAUUGUUCGUUACUUGGCUAACCGAUCCUGAGUGAACUCGUUUCCUGUGGAUCGCGGGUUGCUAGCUUGGAGUUUUGGAUUAGUGAGUGCAGUAGGUUUGUGGAUCUGAAUCUUUAGAUUUUUGCUGUGUUGGAACUCAUUCGAGUUUUUGGAAGCCUCCGCGGCCAGGAUGAUGCGUCGUGAUGGGUGUGUCGGGCAGCUGCAGGUGCAGAGUGCGCAGGCAGCUGUGCCUCUGGGGUUUAUUUGCGGCAGCUUGCCUGUGCCAACUGUAAACCCUUCUUCAACCCCGUUCUCACCUACUGAGGCUGCUUUGGUCCCGGCCAUCAAUCUUUUGAGCCAGAGGACAGGAGCACCUCGCUAUCGCUUGUUGCCCACCGAUACUGAUCUCAAUACUGCACCUUCUCAUAGAAUGCCGUCCGACGAGUUGUUGCAAGUUACCGCAUCACAUGAUGCAAAUGGACUGUGCAAUCCUUGGGAAGGGGAUUAUUUGAUGCAACCACUGGCAAGGAAAUGUGAAAGCUUAGCGGUGAGUGCUCUCGCUGGAUAUGGAGAUGAAAUUGACGUGGUAGCUCCGGUGGACAUUCUGAAGCAGAUUUUUAAAACCCCUUAUUGCAAGAGUCGCGUAUCAGUUGCUGUCCAUCGGAUUGGGCACACACUUAUAUUAAACUCUGGGCCAGAUAUUGAGGAAGGCGACAAGAUUGUAAGGGGAAAGAAAAACCAGGCCAAGGCAAUGGAUAGGAACUUGUUCUCAAAGUUUGUGCAGCAUUCCGUUCACGACGAUGCUUCUGAGGUUCCAGAUUCUCCCAAAACUUGCCAUAGUGAAGGGAGUAUUCCUCCAAGUACGAGGAGACGAUCACCAGCAAGACAGCCACCAGGAACCGUUCCACCAGGAUUUGGACCCUUAAAAUCUUGGCGUGUUCCAUGGCAGGUAGUUGACGAUUCUUGCUCAGAAAGUGCAAGCUGUUACAGUGAAGAUGAUGUACGAUCUGGACCAUCUCGGGGUAGUAAAAAGGGAAAACAGAGGGUGAUCAGUCGACGCAAUGGUUGUGAAGGAGGCUUGGAUUUUCAGAAGGGUAAUUUCAUUCGUGAGCAACAACAGAACUCUAACUUCAUGGCUAAGGACCCGGAUAACCCGCCAAGGCAAACGGCAACUGAGAAUUUUCUCAGGGUUCUUUUCUGGCAGUUCCAGAACCUGCGGAUGCUUUUAGGAAGUGAUUUACUUCUGUUUAGCAAUGAGAAACAUGUAGCUGUCAGCCUACAUCUGAUGGAGAUUGGUCGUCAGGUUACUCCGUUGAUGUGGUUAGAUGCCUGGCUGGAUAAUGUGAUGGCGAGUAUUCCAGAACUGGCAGUGUGUUAUCAUCGCAAUGGAGUUGUUCAAGGUUACGAACUGCUGAAAACAGAUGAUAUAUUUCUUUUGAAAGGUCUUUCAGAGGAUGGGACAGCCUUUUUCAGUCCUCAUGUUGUUCAGCAGAAUGCAUCAUCAGUGCUUAGGUUCUUACAAGAAAACUGUAAACAAGACCCUGGAACCUAUUGGCUUUUCAAGAACGCUGGAGAGGAUCUUAUGCAGUUAUUUGAUCUUUCUGUGAUUUCCAAAGCUCGAAAUACAUGUGGUGAUACACAGGACCAGAAACGUGGUAUGCUACCUCCUUCAAGGAAUCGAGGCAAUGGUCACUAUUCUUUGCCACUGGCAAUGCUAUUGUACCGACUUGCCAACCGUUUGUCACGAUCUCAGGACCCAGCUGACAGAAUGAAGUGUGCGAAAAUCUUUGGAAAAUGUCUGGAGUAUAUGGACGAGCAAGAACACUUGGUUAUUCGGGCAUCUGCUCAUGAGCAUGCUGCUAGGCUUAUUCUAGCAUGCUACAAGCAACUCGGAGUGAUGCUGCAGCCUCUUUUAAUUGAGGGCAAUGACGAUGAUACAGCCGUGAAAGAUGAUGCUGAACAACCUGUCUUAGAGCUUCCGCCUACGGAUACCACCCCCGGAUUGCUGGAGGAGCCUGCUCCAGAAAUCAUUGACCAUAAGUUGAACAUUGAAGAUAGUUCAAAUAUUAUUCCCUGUGUCCAAGAUUGUCAGGAAACCUCUCCUGAGAAUUUAGCUAACUCAGCUGAUGAGAAUGCGGAGAGUUUUGAUGAUCCAACACCCACUGAUCUUGUUCUGGCAAGCCCAUCAACUGUCGGAACUUCUUCCUUCUCUCAUGACCGUCAUGAAGGUGCCCCUGAUGGACAAGGAGAAACAGAAGGAGGGUUGACUGUAUCAGAUCCUGUUCCACAGAUAAUUCAGGCACUUGCAGACCCAGUGUCUGCACGAUUAGCAGCAGUUCACCAUCUUUCGCAGGCCAUCAAGUCCUUAAGAUGGCAACGGCAACUCCAAGAUGUUGGAGAGAAUAGAGCGUCUGCAGAGCGUGUUGGUCUCAGGCCUAACAGAUAUCCAAACCGUUUUACAGAAUGUGUUUGUGGAGAACCUGAAUGUGUAGCAAUUUGUGAUUUCCGAGAUAUUGAAGUUGGGUUUGGAAUGGAUGAAAAGCUAUGGCAACUUCUUCUUCUCUUAGGUGAAUCAUAUCUUACUCUUGGGCAAGCGUACAAAGAAGAUGGCCAAUUCAGUCGAGCCCUCAAAGCUGCUGAGUUAGCAUGUCUGGUGCGUGGUUCGACUCCCCGACCAGAAAAGACGAUAAACACUACUGGUGGAUCUAAUGGGGCGAAUUGUACGCCGUCAGAGGUGCUCAAGGAUAAAGGGUUGUUUUGGGGGCAAGUUUGGGUUCUUGUUGGUGAUGUUUUUGCCGAGAUUCAGCGCUCUAUGGGUGAGUCCGAUGUUCCAACGCAUCUUGAUGCUUCACAAGGCGAAGAGCUGAAAAUGGCUCAGGAGGUUAUGAAGGAGGUGAAAAGACUAAAGAAGAAGGUGGGACGGUUUCAAGUAAGCUGUGAAAUUUGCAGUUUAACGAGCUGUAGCUGCCAGAGUGACCGAGCAAGUAGUGGAAUCUCUGCCAGCAGUAGUAAUAGUUUUUCUUCCGAAAAAAGUGCAGGGAAGUAUGCACGAAAGCAUGGAAAAAAGAACAAUAAAAGCCCUCCCACACCUACAGACAUUCUUGGUCGGGAAAAGGGUACCCUCAGUUCAGAAGCAUACUCGAAGGAAACCAGUAUAACAUCUGGUGCAAACGUCGUGGAGCCUGGGCUGAAUGGCACAGUUGGCGAAGAUUCAACUCAUUUAGACAUCUUCAUGUACUUCAAAAAGCCGCUUUUGAACGACUGGGAGAAGAAUCUGUCUUGUGCUUCAGAAUGUUAUUCCUGUGCCGUUGGUGCUUUUGCGGACUCUAUACAUUUGCGAGAGUAUGAAGGUGCACUCAGAAAGAAGGGCUGGGUGUGCAAUGAGCUUGGUCGUAGGAGGCUAGCCCAAGGCAACGUAAAAUCUGCCGAGGCCGCCUUCGAAACCGCUAUUGUUGCAUUUCGUGCAGUUAAAGAUCUGCCCAACAUUGUCUUAGUCUAUUGUAAUCUCGCGCACGGGCGAAGAGCAGCUGCAGAGGUGUUUGCCUCCCAGCUGUCUAAUUGGGAAGAGUGUCAGCUGCCUCAUUUUUAUCAGGCCUUUGUCAAUACAGUUGCCGAAGCACGGUUUCUAUAUCAAGAAGCAUUAGAAUUUUAUGGUGAAGGAAGGAGAGAACUCAUGGCGUUAGGAGACGGAGUUGAGCGCACAAUGCGGGGAUUAUACAAUGAGGUCUUCACUCAACUUGCUCACACGUAUCUGAAGCUGGGAAUGCUUCUUGCACGAGAGGACAAGUUCUUGAAAGCUCAUCGGAAAACAAAAGGGCAGAAGACGGUUGGUGACCAAGUGUUACCUUCUGACAGAAAAACAGGUAUCUCAGCUAAAGAAGCUAUAUCCAAAGCUUUGGUGUUGUAUGAAUCCCUGGGUUCGCUUCGGGCACAGGAAGCUGCUUAUGCUCAGUUUCAACUGGCCUGUCAACAAAGAGACAGUUGCUUGUUUGCACUGGCUAUGCAAGCUGAGGAGCUCAAUACUGAGAAACGAGACACCAAGUUGCAUGGAGCGAAACGGUUGGCAUCUAUGGCUGAUCGUUACUGGCAGAGAGCACUGGAGUAUUAUCGAGCCGCUUCUCAUCCAGAUAUGUUUCUCCAGAUACUAAUGGAACGGUCAUCUAUGUGCUUAGCUAUGGCACCAUCAUCUCAACCAAAUGCAAUGAUGGAGCAAGCUCUGCUGCAUCUUUUGGAAGGUUGUCGAGCUGUAAAGUUCAGAGUCAGGGAAGAUGGAGAAGAUACAACGCCUCGUGUCUCAUCAGAUGUGUCAGCUGUUUUCACGUCUCAGCUACAGAGACUUCUGAAGACGAUCCUUGGUGCAGCAUUGUCUGCUUCCAAACCAAGCGGAAGCGCGCAAACCAGGUCUCGUAAGAGUGACAAUGGUGGACGUAAUGAGAUCUCUGGCAGCACACCCAAGGUCAGUGACGUGGAAACCCUGAAAAGAAUGUACAGGGCUGUUUUGAAGCUCACAGGGUACGAUGAUAUCAACGUUCUGUAUGACAUGUGGUAUUCAUGAGUCCUUCACAAUUUCUAGGAGCAGAGCAUCUAUUCAAGUAAAUCUCGUCUGUUGACUGAUUGUUUGGAACUUCAAGUUUUAGACGUCGUUUAUUCAGUUUGGGUAUUACAACUGGCUAAUCUUUCUUUUCAACUACAUCCUGAAUUGAGAAUUGUGUAAUGAACAGAAACUCCAUGUGGGUCGUGGUCUUUUUUCGUUCUUGUUGCAUAGGAUUCCAUCCUAAUCAAAAUUACACAGAGAUGGUCCUGUUA